GACUUCGAGGAGGCAUCGCUGUGACUAGUAACAAUUUCCAACUCUCUUCGCGGAUACAUCACGGAGUUAAAUGGUACACGAGGAUCUAAGUAGAAUUUUUUGUCCGAUGGGAAGGAUUUAGGUUUUUCAGUUAAUUAAGUUAUGGUUUGAUCAAAGCGCAGCUCUCUUGUUUAAGUUUUUUCCCAUUUGUUAGCGAUACAAUUACUCGGCACUCGAAGUCGCCUGUGAUCCACGUCCGCAAACCCUUAGGAUUCCUCAGAUUGAGAGCUGAAUGUCCAUUCGCCAGUGAAUGUCGUUAACAGCAACGGUGCUACCAUGGGCUGCGGCAAGGUGUUUUGGGGGCUGGUAGGGGCGGCUGUCGUCAUCACGUUAAUAACUGUACCCACUGCAAUUUAUUUGAACAGAAGGGAUGCGAGUGGCACAAAGAGAUCUUUCACCCUGGCCGAUUAUUUCAACGACACUAUUAGAAACAGACCAUAUAAUUUGCGAUGGAUAUCAGAUCAUGAGUACCUGCAUAAAACAAGACAGGGCAAUGUCAUCCUUUACAAUGUUGAAACCCAGGAGACAUCUCAAUUUCUGAGCAACAAAACCUUUGAGCAAGUGGAAGCUACAGGGUAUUUUGUGUCCGCUGAUCGCAAAUAUGUCUGUUUUGAAAGCAACUACACAAAGCAAUGGAGACAUUCGUACAACGCGUCAUACUCCUUAUUUGACCUGGAAAGUUCAACAUUCAUUACUCCAGUAAACAUUCCAGAAGUUGUGCAAUACUUAACCUGGGCUCCUGGUGGAAACAAACUGGCCUACAUCUGGAAUUACAACAUUUAUUUGAAACCGUAUGCCACAGCCACUGCCAUUCAAGUGACCCACAACGGAAAGAAGAAUCAGAUCCUAAAUGGCGUCCCUGACUGGGUGUACGAAGAGGAAGUUUUUUCAUCAAAUGAAGCAGUAUGGUGGUCACCAACUGGGAAGUUUUUGGCCUAUGCUGAAUUUAAUGACACUGAAGUGCACACUAUCGAAUAUCCGUACUACGGGCCAGAGCAGUACCCUAAGACAGUGAUCAUCCCGUACCCCAAGUCUGGCUCAACGAUUCCCAAGGUCAAGCUGUUUGUAGUGGACACAGACAGGCCAACCAGACGCACUCAGGUGGUCGUUCCAGAUGCUGUUGGUUCAAGCGAUCACUAUUUGAGUUCAGUGGUGUGGGUGACAGAUGAACGCAUCGCAGUUCAGUGGCUCAGGAGGAAGCAGGAUCACGUCGUCUUACAGACGUAUGACUUUGAUGGAAACGGCUGGAAUGAGAAGCAGAAAUUUGAGCAGACAAGCAAGACGGGUUGGAUUGGUCAUUAUGCUCCCCUUCCGGCCUUCUUUGCGGAGGACAACCUCACUUUCUACAAAGUGAUGAGUGACUCAAACGGAUACAAACACAUCCAUCAGGUCAAAGAUGGAACAGCGACACCUAUUACCUCGGGGAGGUGGGAGGUCAUAUACAUUUCCAAACUCACAAAAGAUGCCAUAUAUUAUAUAAGUAAUGAGCAUCAAGGACGACCUGGACAGAGAAAUCUUUACAAGGUUGUGCUGGGCAACAUCCCCCCUGCUCCCCAGUGUCUCACCUGUGACUUGUACAAGGACAGGUGUCAAUACAACUCAGCGUACUUCAGCACAGACGCCUCGUAUUACCGCAUGGAUUGCUACGGACCUGGUCUUCCCUUGAUCACUCUCAGGGACAACAGAGGCUCUGGCUCAGAGCUCCUGGUACUUCAGGACAACAAAGAGCUUGAACACAUUCUGACUGAGUUUAAGAUGCCAACCAUUCAACGUGGCACUCUGAAAGUGGCUGGAUUUGAUCUUUGGUAUCAGAUGACGUUGCCACCAAACUUCCAGAAAUCCAAAAAGUAUCCCCUCCUCAUUGAUGUGUAUGGUGGUCCUUGCAGUCAGAAUACAGAGUUCCGCUUCAGAAUCAACUGGGGCUCGUACCUGUCCAGCACCGAGGAGAUUAUUAUCGCUAGUUUUGAUGGAAGAGGGACCGGUUACCAAGGUGACAGGAUAAUGCACUCAAUCUACCGACGCCUUGGAACAUUUGAGGUGGAAGACCAAAUAACAGCUGUGAGCAGAAAGUUCAUUGAUAUGGGCUUCAUCGACAAGGAGAGAAUAGCCAUCUGGGGCUGGUCAUAUGGCGGCUAUGUCACCUCCAUGGCUUUGGGUUCUGGAAGUGGGCUUUUUAAGUGUGGAAUAGCUGUUGCUCCUGUAGCUAAGUGGGAGUAUUAUGAUGCUGUCUAUACUGAGCGCUACAUGAAUAAACCUGCAGAAAAUCCUGAUUCUUACAAGAAUUCAACAGUUACAAGCAGAGCCCGUAAUUUCCAAUCCGUGCAGUACUUAUUGAUCCAUGGGACAGCUGACGACAAUGUUCAUUUUCAGCAGUCGGCAAAGAUCUCGCAGGCCCUGGUUGACCAGCAGGUGGACUUUGAGGCCAUGUGGUACACUGACAAGGACCACAGUCUGGGGGGCUCUGCUUAUCACCAUGUCUACACCCACAUGAGUCAUUUCCUUCAGAAAUGUCUCAUCAACUCCAAAUAAACCGUACCUCCUGUUGUCACAUUUAAAACUGUCUUUAUAACAUUGAUGAAUAUAUGUGACUGUGGCAGAACUGCUGCUUCUCAUUUGUAUAGUUUGUUAAGUUCAAUCCAAACAAAGGAUUCAAUUUGGUCGUUUUUGUAGAGGUUUUAAUGUACAAUUAAUAUUGUAAGACUUGUAUGACUGGAUAUUUGUUAUAGAUUAAUCGUGUCUUAAUCAUAGAGAAAAUUUGACUAUUUACCAUGAUGUUCUUCAAGCCAUUGCAUGUUUAUAUUCUGGUAAACUUUGCAUCAGUGGACUUUGUGACAUUACUUAUAACACAAACAUGUUGUUGCACUGACUCUUGUGGAACACUUUACAUUGUAGUCAACACGUGAUACAAAUAAACUGUACAUGAAUAUAGUAUGAAUAUUGUAACCAUUUUUAGAUGGUUUAGAAAAAAAUACUUGUAUGUUUCAAUUUAUGUGGCCAGAUAAAAAAAAUAAACUUGAA